AGAAUAUUCGACUGUGAUUGGUCAAUUCUUACGCAAUUGUAGAAUGGGCUUAAAGCCCAUUCUACAUUAGUCGUAUCGUAAGCAUCGCAGGGUCACAAAUUUGUUGGCAACAGCCAAUCCGAUGUGUCAAUUUAAAGUUCACGAUGCUUAAGCCCAUUCUACAUUGGUCGUAUUGUAGACGUCGCAGGUCACAAAUUUGUUGCAACAGCCAAUCCGAUGUGUCAGUUAGAAGUCUCACGACGCUUACGAUGCCAUGAUACGACCGGUGUACGUUCGAGCUACUCUAUUUUCGCGGGCAUCACCCGUUUGUUUUCAUAUUUGUACGGUUUAUAUUUAAGACGUGAUCUGGCCUUAUCGACCUCCUAUUUCAUUAUUUGGAGGCGGGAGCCAUUAAUUAAAGAAGAAGAAGAAGAAGACCAUGGCAAUUGUAGGGCUGUGACAGAUUUCCUAACCUCAAUAGUCGUCAACUUUGAUGCUUACUCGGAUUGCGGGGCAGAGCGACGCUUAUUUCUGCCAGAUUCUUUCGUUUUAUGGAAGAACGCGUCGAAUGAGUAUAAUUUAAUCGAUUUUUGAGACUAUUACCCUCUAUUGCACCUUUACUGUGAUUUCAAGUUUAUUGUAAAGACAAUGGCAUCCACAAACGAGUUUGGUCCAGAUUCUGGUGGUAGAAUAAAGGGUGUUACCAUAGUUAAGCCUAUAGUUUACGGAAAUGUAGCACGAUACUUUGGCAAAAAGAGGGAGGAAGAUGGACACACGCAUCAGUGGACUGUAUAUGUUAAGCCCUAUAACAAUGAGGAUAUGUCCACCUACGUGAAGAAGGUACAUUUUAAGCUACAUGAGAGUUACAAUAAUCCUAAUCGGAUUGUAACGAAACCACCGUAUGAAUUGACAGAAACCGGCUGGGGAGAAUUUGAGAUAGUCAUUAAAAUCUAUUUUCAUGAUCCGAACGAACGUCCUGUAACAGUAUAUCAUAUACUGAAAUUGUUUCAGUCGACGCCUGAGAUACAACUGGGGAAGAAAAGUCUAGUAUCCGAAUUUUAUGAAGAGAUAGUUUUUCAGGAUCCAACAGCUUUGAUGCAACAUCUACUGAAUUCUAGUAGACCAAUGACGCUCGGAGCUUGGCGACAUAAUACAGACUUUGAAGCAUUGAAGGAAUCUGCAAUGAAGGACAUUAUGGAAGCACGCAGCAAGAUUAGACUCGAAGUGAUAGAUUUAAAAGAGAAAUUGACCUUGGCAAAAGAGACAAUUGCAAAAUUUAAGGAGGAAAUUGCAAAGAUUUCUAAAGCCGGUGGAAGUUUAUCAGUCACAUAAUGUUAUUUUUAAAUAGAAAUAAUGAUAUUCAACAAAUAUAGAUGGCGUUUAUAGGAGU